GAGCUAGGCGGCCGAGCCUGAGCACCCAUGCUGCUGCCGCUGGCCUGGGGCUCGCUCCUCUUCCCGGGGCUCUUCGGGCUCUGCACCUGGGGGCUGCGGCGCGCGCGGCCCGCCUGGACCCACAACGACUGCGUGCUGAUCAGCACCAGGCUGGUUUCUUCAGUGCAGGCUGUGUUGGCCACCGGGUCUGGGAUCAUCAUCAUCCGCUCCUGUAGCCACGUGAUCACCGACAGGCACUGGCUUGCCCGAGAGUAUGUCUGGUUUUUGAUUCCAUACAUGAUCUAUGACUCCUACGCCAUGUACCUCUGUGAAUGGUACCGAACCGGGGACCAGAGCAGCAAACAUCCCCUCACCAUUUUUCGAAACUUCCUAAGUAAAAACCGCCUCAUGAUCACGCACCACGCAGUUAUUCUGUUUGUCCUUGUGCCGGUUGCACAGAGGCUUAGGGGAGAGCUUGGGGACUUCUUUGUUGGCUGCAUCUUCAUGGCAGAACUGAGUACUCCGUUUGUGUCGCUGGGCAGAGUUCUGAUUCAGCUAAAGCAGCAGCACACGCUGUUGUACAAGGUGAAUGGAAUCCUCACGCUGACCACCUUCUUCUUAUGUCGGAUCCUCCUUUUCCCCUUCAUGUACUGGUCCUACGGCCAGCAGCAGGGACUGAGCCUGCUCCAAGUGCCGUUGCACAUUCCUUUCUACUGCAAUGUGGCCAACGCCUUCCUCAUCGCUCCCCAGCUCUACUGGUUCUCUCUGCUGUGCAAGAAGGCAGUCCGGCUCUUUGAUGCUCCCCCAGCCAAAAAGGAUGGUUAAUUGCUCCGUGAGUCAGGCAGUGAGGGCGCCUCCUCCACUCAGUAUUCCCGUGGACCAAACUGCAGAUUGUGCCCUGGGUGGCCUCAGCCUUUUGGGUAUUGAUAAGCAGAGGGAUUAGAGUUUUUCUAAAGAAUAUUCCUAUCACCUCUCGUUUCUAACUGCCCCUUUUGCAAAAGCACUUUUUUCUUAGUAACAACUAUUGGAUCCCGUCAGACCUCCACUGGCAGCAAGGUGGUUUAAUGUGAAGCCCAAGGAUCCUUCCUUAGGUCUUAUCUCAAGGGCUCUGGAGGUAGAAGCAUGGGGUGUGGAGAUUGGUGGACCAAGGUGAUAAGGAGCUGGGCACCUGCCUGGUCCUCAUAUUGGUGGCUCCCCACCUUUCCAGCCACUCAGGGAGUAUCCACACAUACUGGGCCAGCAGAAGCAAGUGAUGACUUGGUUCUUUUCCUGUGAUGUUGGCCUGGGAAAAUCGUUGUGGGUAGGUAGCUUUUUUAUUGUUUACUAGAUAACCCGUAGGUCCUUUGCCUCAUCCUUUCAUCCAUGUGCCAACAUUGAAUUCUCCUGUCUACCGACUUCUGAUCAGAAGUCUCACUGGCGGGGUGGGGUAGGUGGCAGGGAUGGGAACCUGAAGCACCUGAGUAGGUAGGAAGGCCAAUAGGUCAGCACCUCUGCAGGCUGACUUGGUUAGACCAGUGUCAAACUUGUGAGCUUGCUGUCAACAGUCACAGAUACUAUUCCUUUUAGCAUGUCCCUCAAGCCCAGCUUUCCCCAUAUCCACACACACAGGAUGCUCUUAUUAAAAACUAUAGGGGUAAAGUGAAAUGAUGGCUACCGAGCUAUUCACUGGGUAACCCCUCUUUGACACUGUCCUUUUCCUAUGAAGCAGAACGGACUGCUGUAUUCCAAACCAUGAGAUGUCUCAUCUAAACUGCGUCCUGAUAAGCCAGAGCUUGUGGUCCAAAGUCUGUUCCUAUCUGACUUACUGCCAUUUAGCCACAGAAGGCUGGAGAGCAAAAGUGCAAGUCAGCCCUGGCCAAAUUAUGUUCUGUGGACUGACUCCUUCACCCACCAUUUACAGAUGGGAUCCUCUGGUGCCAACACUAAUUGUUCCUGAACAACAACGAUGGGUUUUAGAAACUGCUACCAUGAAGUUUUUUCCCAAGCAGUAGCGAAAAACUAGAUUUUUAAAAGUGCCUUUUAAUUCACUGUUGUCUGUGAACUUUUAAAGUACUGAGUGUGUAACAGUGUCUCAAAUUUUGACUUUCAGUCUUUAAUGGGUGCCAUUUAAAACACAAAAUGCUGUCAUUUUUUUUUUACUAGUAGUAGUUUUGUUUACUAUCCGUAUAUCUUUAUAAAUCACCCCUGUGGUGACUAAGUUGCACUAAUAUUUUCCAACUUAUUCUCAUUUGUGAAAUAUAUCCACGCCGACUUC